UUUGGAGCGUGUUUUGGCCUAUAAAAGCCGCUCCGGUUUUCCAUUUCCCUUUGAUCAGAACGACGUCCUUUUCUCCAGAUCUCGAUUCCCUUCCCAAAAAAACGAACUCAGAAUCGAAUCAAAAGAAAACUGGGUUUUGCCUUCGUUUCUUUACCUCGGCUUUCUCCUCUCACUCUUUCUCUCUCCACUGUAGAGAGAGACAACUGGAGCUUUGAAGUGAAUAUAUAUAUAGUAGGUAGUCGAGAACCAAAAAGGGGGCCUUUUUUCUCCUUUUCUCUGUCUUUCUGCAAGCCUUGGGAAAACAGUCUGAUUUUUCCAAUUGGAUACCUCAUACCUUAACCUUCCUCGAUGGUUCUUGGAACUGCCGUUUUCACCAGAUAAAGUUCGCAUUUAGGUGCGGUUUCCGGCCAAGUUGUUGUGACAGAGGAGGGAGAUUGAAGCUGGCGAUUAGCUCUGUAAUAAUAGCGUGCAUUAAAGGCUCUGGUAUUGUUAGAAUGGGGAAUUUCCAAUGCUUGUCUGCAAUCGUUACCUCUCUGCAAUUGCUGUUACACUAGUCCAAUUCUAGUUGUCCAACUCAAACCUUCUCUUUAAGAAAGAAGGGGUACCGAAAUAAAAAUCUCCUCGACCCUUGUAUAGGAAAAGAAGAAAGAAGGCAACGGAUCUCCGGAGAUAAACGCAUUUGUCUGCAGAAGGGCCUGUGCUUUUCUCACUUUCUGCUUCAUAUACAUACCCGAAAGAGACCACACGAAGAAGAUCUAGACGGAAUUGAGCUCCGCCGUUAAGAGAUAACGGAAGAAUGCUGCCUCAGAAACAAGCCGAAGAAGCGAUAGUCUCCAGCUUUAAUGAGACGGAAAAUGAGGGGAAGGAGGAAGAGCGGGCAGAUCAGCCCAUAUUUAGCAUGAAGAGCAUUCUCUGGCAUGGUGGCUCCGUCUACGACGCCUGGUUCAGUUGCGCUUCCAACCAAGUAGCUCAGGUGCUGCUAACGCUGCCCUACUCGUUUUCCCAAUUGGGCAUGCUCUCAGGCAUAUUAUUGCAGAUAUUCUAUGGCCUAGUCGGUAGCUGGACUGCUUAUCUCAUCAGUGUUCUCUACAUCGAGUACCGCAGCCGAAAGGAAAAGGAGAACGUGAACUUUAAGAACCAUGUGAUUCAGUGGUUCGAAGUGCUGGACGGAUUACUGGGGCCAUACUGGAAGGCCUUAGGACUCGCCUUCAACUGUACGUUUCUCCUCUUUGGUUCCGUUAUACAGCUAAUUGCUUGCGCUAGCAACAUAUAUUACAUAAACGACCGAUUGGACAAGAGGACAUGGACGUACAUCUUCGGAGCUUGCUGUGCGACGACGGUAUUCAUACCUUCCUUCCACAACUACCGGAUUUGGUCAUUUCUCGGGCUCGGGAUGACCACUUAUACGGCAUGGUAUUUGGCCAUUGCAGCUCUGGUUCAUGGCCAGGUUGAAGGCGUCAAACACUCUGGUCCACAGAAGCUGGUUCUGUAUUUCACCGGAGCUACCAAUAUCCUCUACACUUUCGGCGGUCACGCUGUCACUGUGGAAAUUAUGCACGCGAUGUGGAAGCCACAGAAAUUCAAGUACAUCUAUCUACUGGCGACGUUGUACGUAUUUACGCUAACGCUUCCGUCAGCAUCCGCCGUCUACUGGGCCUUCGGCGACCAGCUCCUCGACCACUCCAACGCCUUUUCUCUCCUUCCCCGAAACGGCUGGCGUGACGCUGCCGUUAUCUUGAUGCUCAUUCAUCAGUUUAUAACGUUUGGGUUCGCAUGUACGCCGCUGUAUUUCGUAUGGGAGAAGGUAAUAGGGAUGCACGAUACCAAGAGUAUAUGCUUGAGGGCACUGGCUAGGCUGCCGGUGGUCAUCCCUAUUUGGUUCUUGGCCAUUAUUUUCCCUUUCUUCGGUCCUAUCAACUCCGCCGUCGGUGCUCUCCUGGUCAGCUUCACCGUAUACAUCAUACCGUCCAUGGCUCAUAUGCUCACUUACAGAAAGGCCUCCGCUCGCCAGAAUGCGGUCGAGAAGCCUCCCUUCUUCCUUCCGAGCUGGACGGCCAUGUACGCGGUCAACAUAUUCAUCGUCGGUUGGGUCUUUGUCGUUGGUUUCGGAUUCGGAGGCUGGGCUAGCAUGAGCAACUUUGUGAAGCAAGUCGACACAUUUGGGCUAUUUGCCAAGUGCUACCAGUGCGCCAAGCCCCCGCCAGUUGCUCCAACUCCCUCCCAUCACUGAGUUGGGUACUGACUGAGUCGUCAACCGAAUCAGCACGAAUCACCUAAGACUAAGAAAACAAGGGAAAUUUGCUCAAAACCGCAACAUUUUCUCCCCAAAAAUCCUUCUCUUGUAUUAUACACGGGCAGAUGGCAAUAUUUUCUCCCCACAUGCUGUGUGCUGGCUUUCUUUCUUUCUUUAUCCAAUAUCCAUCCCCCACUCCCUCUUUUUCUCUCUUUUGGUUUUCUAUUUUAUUAUUAUUUUUUUUUUCAAUUAGUGAUUACUAAUAGAUACUAGAUAGUGUGGUGAUGAACGAUUCCUUUGCUACGAAAGCAUAGGUGCUCAAGUUAAAUAUAUUUUGGUAUUUUAUUCUUAUAAUAUUUUUCUCUUUCCAAAUGAGGAUAUAUCCUAUAUGAAUUGGGUUUGUUAUUAUUAUGAAGUUGGAAGGCUCAUUAUUGCA